UUUGGGGGGUGGGGAGGGGGGGCUUACACAUGGUUGUGCUCUGCUGGGUGUCAUUGUUUGACCUGAUGUACAUUGUCCUCGAAUGAACUUGCCUUUGGGAAUACAUGUUACUUACACACUGCGUAGCAACAGCACAGCAGCAACCGGUGACAGGGUUUGGCACAGUUUCAACAACGCGAUGUGGUGAUGGGGGAGAGCAGUUGCAGCUCUCUGAUCCUCUGAUCCCCUCUCCCCCCUACUGGUGGUCGAGGACACCUCGACUCUGUCAAUGGGCCCUGUAUGGAUUUUGUGCCUGAGUUGACAGAGGGCAGACCUACAGCAUCAAACAGCCAUCAGGCUGCCAUGAACCCAUACGGCAGAGCGAGCGGCACAGCAGCCCCCCUGUCCUGCACCAGCUGUGGGGGCUGCUGCUCCCCGCCUCCCCCUUGCCUAAUCCCGCCAGGGCCUCCCUCCUCUACUAUCUCCUCCUCCAUGCCCCCGAAUAUGACCCCUCCACCACCGAUGUUUCCGGCGCCAGUCGUGCAGGUGGAGAAUGGUAGCAGCUGGAACUCCACCAUCUCCUCCUCCGGCUCCCCAGACUCCCACCCUGGUCACCGCUGUGGGGCCAACAACCCCAACCCCUACUGGACGGCGGUGUUCGACUAUGAGGCCACAGCAGAUGAGGAGCUAACCCUGCGGCGCGGGGACCUUCUCGAGGUUCUCUCCAAAGACUCCAAGGUUUCUGGGGACGAGGGUUGGUGGACGGGCAAGAUCCAGGACAAGGUGGGUAUCUUUCCAAGCAACUACGUCACAAAGGGGGACCCUGCCAACUACCAGCAGCUGGCUGCAGGAGGGCUGGUGGCAGGUGGGGUGGGUGAUUGCCCCUUGGAGAUAGACUUCUCAGAGCUGCUCCUGGAGGAGGUGAUUGGAGCUGGUGGGUUUGGUAAGGUGUACAAAGGAGUAUGGCGGGCAGAAGUAGUAGCAGUAAAGGCCGCCAGGCAGGACCCCGAUGAGGAUAUUAGUGUGACAGCAGAGAGCGUACGACAGGAGGCCAGGCUGUUCUGGAUGCUUCGUCAUCCCAACAUAAUCGCCCUCCGCGGGGUCUGCCUGCGGGAGCCCAACCUGUGCUUGGUGAUGGAGUACGCCAGAGGGGGGGCACUGAACCGAGCACUUGCUGGAAAAAAGGUUCCUCCGAGGGUUCUGGUGAACUGGGCGGUCCAGAUUGCGACGGGGAUGGACUACCUGCACAACCAGGCGUUCGUACCCAUCAUCCACAGAGACCUCAAGUCCAGCAAUAUCCUCAUCCUGGAGCCGGUGGAGCGGGACGAUUUGUGCGGGAAAGUCCUGAAGAUCACAGACUUCGGUCUGGCCAGAGAGUGGCACCAGACCACCAAGAUGAGUGCAGCGGGGACGUAUGCCUGGAUGGCCCCGGAGGUCAUCAAGCUCUCGCUCUUCUCCAAGAGCAGCGAUGUGUGGAGUUUCGGUGUGUUACUGUGGGAGCUGUUGACCGGUGAGGUUCCCUACCGGGAGAUAGAUGCUCUGGCAGUGGCUUACGGUGUUGCCAUGAACAAGCUAACACUUCCUGUCCCCUCAACGUGCCCUGAACCUUUCGCUCAGCUGCUGGCAGGUAAGCAGCCCAAACACCUGGACACUUUUGAGUGGUUAUUAAAUCCAAGAAUACAGAUUUGUGAUUUUCAAGAAAGAACAAACGUCUCACUGUGAAAACAGUUUGACAGAUAUCGUGCUGAUCAGCGUGAGCUGAGAUCUUGGGAGGAGGCGUUGGCUCGUGCAGCCGAGGAGCAGAGGGAGCAGGAGGAGCAGCUGCGGAGGAGAGAGCAGGAGCUGGCGGAGAGGGAGAUCGACAUUGUGGAGCGAGAGCUGAACAUCAUCAUCCACCAGGUGUACCAGGAGAAACCCAGCGUUAAGAAGAGAAAGGGCCACUUCAAGAAGAGCAGACUGCUGAAGCUGGGCCGAGACAGCAACUGCAUCAGUCUGCCCUCUGGCUUUGAGCAUAAGAUCACAGUUCAGGCGUCUCCCAGUGUGGACAAGAGGAAGACUCAGGGGAGCGAGAGCACCACCCCGCCUGCCAGCCCAGGCGUCAUACCCCGACUGAGGGCCAUAAGACUGACACCAAGUGAUGGCAGUAAGACGUGGGGCCGCAGUGCUGUGUGUAAGAAGGAAGAUCUGUCGACCAGCAAGAAGAAAGGACGGACGUGGGGACCGAGCUCCACCCACCAGAAAGAGAGGGUCGGCGGGGAGGAUAAACUGAAGUCUUUGGGUGAGGGAUCUAAAGUUUGGUCGUCCAGUGCACCAAAUCUGGGCAAGUCCCCCAAACAUGCACCCAUGACCGCUGGCUUCUCCAGCCUCAAUGAAAUGGAGGAGUGCUGUGAGUUUGAGGAGUCACCAGGGUCCCUGCUGCCCUCAGAGACCAGCAGUAACGGGGCUGUGGAGGACCCGGGGUCCCUGUGGGGAAGCCUGGGGCACAACGCGGUGCCGGCUAUCGGCGGCUGUCAGGGGCCCGGAGGCCUGGUGACGGGGGCGAGCUACCAGGACUCGCUCCGUCGCUGCAGCCAGAGGAAGAAGAGUGACAUGUUGCUGUUGGGUUGCGCCUCUCUGCUCGCGUCUGUCGGCCUCGGACAAGACCUGCUGCAGCUCGGAAAACUACAGGUGCUUCAGGAUGAGCACGACCUCAGAGAGGAGCAGCGUAAGAAGAAGGAGGGUCUCUUCCAGCGGACUGGACGUUUCCGUCGCAGCACCUCUCCGCCCAGCCGAAACCUCUCGCUCUCCCUCUCCAGACAUCACGACUCAACACUUCCCUGCAUGGACCCUUCUCCCUCUGUUACACUCCUCUCUUUGUCCUCCCUGUCUGACUGCAACUCCACCAAGUCCCUUCUUCCCUCCGAUCCCGACGAUUACCCCCUGACCCCGGGGGUUAAAACACCCGUGGCGCUACCGGCUCCUGCCCUCAACCCACUCCUGGACCUGCGGGCGGAGAGCUUCAAGAAGGAGCCCAACCAGUCACUCACGCCCACUCACGUGUCUGCAGCCAUGGCCCUGAACAGAGGACACAGACGGACCCCUUCAGAUGGGGCGAUACGACCGAGAGCUCAAACUCUGGGACACCACAGGACGCCGUCAGAUGGAAGCAUGCCCAUGCCUCCUCCACCGGGAGCACCACACAAAACUACCAAAAAAGGUACCCAGGACACCCUGGACAUCCCUCGCCUCCCUGACCCCACUGCCAUCUUCCCAGUCCCCCUUCGGCGUAAAGCCCCCGCUCCACCGAUCCCCGACCCGGAUCCUCUCUGCCUCAUCAGCCCCCUGGAGAGACCUAAAACGCUGGAGUUUGCCCCCCGUCCGCGGCCCACCCCGGCCAGGAUGAGAGCCGACCCCUGGAAGCUGGGCUCUCUCUCCCGGACUCUCAGCUCGUCGCCGGGCAGCAGCUGCGACAGCCCCCUUGGUUCAGGGGACAGCAGCGCCAGCGCCAGUGCCGCGCCAGCACAGCGCAACCUGAUGGACAUGGACGUGGAGGGUCAGAGUUUGGACCCCACCGUUCCUCUGUGUGGACAGCGGAAACCGGCCACGCUCUGCGGACAACAAUACUCAUAAUGAAAAACAGCAAGUGGACAUUUCCUGCUUUUUUCGAACCCGUUCCCAGAACAUAAGAGCUUGUGCUGCAUAAGGAACGUCUACUGAUGUCUGAGCCGAGCAAAGUGCACUCACUGAAAGUUUGCAAAAACAUCUCGUCAUGUUUUAGGCACUUCCUGGAAGCUGUUCCUCUCAUGUGUCCUUUUAGUGUCCUAAUAAGGUGUGAAACCUUUAGAGCAAGCCUUUCCCUAAUAGUGCUCUCUAACCUGCACGACACUUGGGGGUCCUAGAGGCCUUUUUAAAAAGCCUUGUAGUGUGCUCACCCACCUACCUUACCCAAUACUUAUCCCUCCCAGGAAGCCAUCUCUACCCACUUCUUAGCGCCCCAUGACCAGGUUAUGACUCACAACUAUCAAAAGCCAUUCAAGUACUUAAAAAGCCACUUUUUUUGACUUUGCUAACUGUUCAUUUUGACCCAUCUGCUUGUGCUUUAGCGUGUCUGUGUAGCUGUUCACUUUCUGCUUGCAUCUCUCACUCCACAAAGACCACAAAAAAAAAAUCACAUUUCACCUAAACAUACAUCGCUUCAGGAGUGUUUCCCUGACAAAAAAGAAGGAGCUGGACUGUGUCUUUGUUCUUGUUUUGCACACUGUUUGUUCUGCCGGUGCACAAAUAUCUCCCAUAAACCCCUCCUGCGUCAGCUAUGCCUUCAUCCUCACGUGUCAUCUCUCUGCACUGGGGGGUCUUCAUCACCUCUUCCCUGCAAGACUGAGACAGGAAAAAAGCCUUUUUUUUUCUCUCUGACUGCACUUGUGGACUGGUGAUAUCCUCAGCCUUGUACAAAAAAAAAAAGAGUUUAUUUUCUCAGUGCAUCCCUUCCGCAACCGCAAUGUUUUUCUAUGGGUUUGGCAGACCAGGUGUGUUUCUCUUUGUGUGAAUGUGUAUAUAUAUUACUGUACAUGUGUGGAAGAACAACUUUUUUUUUUUUUUUGCGUGCUGGUGCUUUUUCAGUGCAUGUUAUUUUACGUUUGAAUGGUGCAGCAGUUCUUCAAAAUAAGACCACUGGUUGCUACACACUUUCUCAUCUGUUUGUCUUUCACAUGUUUUCUUUGUUUCUGAUAUAAACAUUCCUCACUAGCGGUCAGUAGCACUCUGUAUGGAUCCCAUUCACCCCACUGAAAUGGACACAAACGAAAGGAAGGUUCAUGUUCUCCUCUGAUGUAUUCAACAUCGGUCUCUCUUUGGACUCACGGCUGACAACUUUUAUCUGCGGAGUUGUUUUCGCACCAUGGACAUUUCCUCUGCAGGUGGUUAUUUACUUGACAGUGCAAAUUUCUCUAAAUGAGUGUGUGAGUGUGAAUAUGGGUGUGUGUGUGUGUGUGUGUUGUUAUUUGUAUGGGAUGAUGACAAUCCCAUCGGUAAAAGAGUGAGCCCAAACUCAUUCUCCUCGUGGUUAAGAACACUGAGUAUUUAUUAAAUUUAUUGUUAUUAUUGGAAAGGAUUAAUUAUUAUUAUGAUGCUCUUCCUGGGAUAUCUGUAUAUAUUUGUUAAUAUAACAGGAAAAACCAAGGAAAACCUAAGAAACUGCUUACUGAAACGUCCAUGUUGUGUCUAGUCUCAACCUGUGACAUUUCUGGGUUCAGUGAGGAAUAAGUGUGAAAUGUGACGAAUGA